AUGAAGCGGCAGAACGUGCGCACGCUGGCGCUCAUCGUGUGCACCUUCACCUACCUGCUGGUGGGCGCCGCGGUCUUCGACGCGCUGGAGUCCGAGCCCGAGAUGGUGGAGCGGCGGCGGCUGGAGCGGCGGCAGCAGGAGCUGCGGGCGCGCUACAACCUCAGCCUGGGCGGCUACGAGGAGCUCGAGCGCGUCGUGCUGCGCCUCAAGCCGCACAAGGCCGGCGUGCAGUGGCGCUUCGCCGGCUCCUUCUACUUCGCCAUCACCGUCAUCACCACCAUCGGUUACGGCCACGCGGCCCCCAGCACGGACGGCGGCAAGGUGUUCUGCAUGUUCUACGCGCUGCUGGGCAUCCCGCUCACGCUCGUCAUGUUCCAGAGCCUGGGCGAGCGCAUCAACACCUUCGUGCGGCACCUGCUGCACCGCGCCAAGAAGGGGCUGGGCAUGCGGCGCGCCGACGUGUCCAUGGCCAACAUGGUGCUCAUCGGCUUCUUCUCGUGCAUGAGCACGCUGUGCAUCGGCGCCGCCGCCUUCUCCUACUACGAGCGCUGGACCUUCUUCCAGGCCUACUACUACUGCUUCAUCACGCUCACCACCAUCGGCUUCGGCGACUACGUGGCGCUGCAGAAGGACCAGGCGCUGCAGACGCAGCCGCAGUACGUGGCCUUCAGCUUCGUCUACAUCCUCACGGGCCUCACGGUCAUCGGCGCCUUCCUCAACCUCGUGGUGCUGCGUUUCAUGACCAUGAACGCCGAGGACGAGAAGCGCGACGCCGAGCACCGCGCGCUGCUCACGCGCAACGGGCAGGUGGGCGGGCUCGCUGGCUGUCUGGGCGGCGGCGGCCGCGGGGGCAUCGGGGGCGGCCGCGGGGGCAGCGGGGGCGGCAGCGGCGGCGGCGGCAGCGCGCACACCACGGACACCGCCUCCUCCCCCGUGGCGGCGGCGGCGGCGGCGGCGGCGGGCGGCGGCGGCUUCCGCAACGUGUACGCCGAGGUGCUGCACUUCCAGUCCAUGUGCUCCUGCCUGUGGUACAAGAGCCGCGAGAAGCUGCAGUACUCCGUCCCCAUGAUCAUCCCGCGGGACCUCUCCACGUCCGACACGUGCGUGGAGCAGAGCCACUCGUCGCCGGGAGCUGGCGGCCGCUGCAGCGACACGCCCUCGCACCGCUGCCUGUGCAGCGGCACGCAGCGCUCGGCCAUCAGCUCCGUGUCCACCGGCCUGCACAGCCUGUCCACCUUCCGCGGCCUCAUGAAGCGCAGGAGCUCGGUGUGA